AUGCCGGACGGCGCCCCUUGGACGCCCACCCGCAGCAGCCACGCCCACUUCCCAGGCGUGCCAGUGUGCCCACAAAUUGGCCCGCAACACCCCUGGCCAGUACCAAUGGCCCCAGCCCAAGGACGCAGUGGCAAGACCGGUUUCGCGCCACUCGGCUGGGUUGAGAAGACGGCUGGGGCGCGGGUAGGGAGUUCCCUGACCGACUGUUUAGCGACCACCAAGGCGGAGCCCAAGACAUUAUGUGGCGCUGGAUGGAGAGAGACGAAGAAAUUGCAGGUCAGGUACGGACGACUGAGCGUUCUUUGUACCGCCAACGACACCCCCACCACAGCGACUUUUGGCAACGUUGGCGGUCCAAAGAUGGACUUCAUGAUGCUAGGAAUCGCUUCCACAAUCGUGUCUCGGCUGUGGCUUGUUGUCGUGUCGAGGCUCUGGUGGACGGCUUGA